AUGAAGACCCUGGUGGCUUUGCUUUUCCUGGGGUCGUUGGGUCUGGCUUGGUGCUGCAGCCCAAAACCUGGAGCCACAAAUAUUGCCCUAAGCGGGGAAGCCUCACAGUGUUCAGAUUAUCAGGACCACAAGCCUAUACCGUACGCUAACAAGGCCAUUGAUGACGUGAAAGAUACGAACAUGCUUCACGGCUUCUGUACCCACACACAUUGGGACCCGUCACCCUGGUGGAAGGUGGACCUGAAAAAGAAAUACAAAGUAAAUGUCGUUGUAGUCACCGGCCGGACGGACUGCUGUAUGGAAAGGAUGAAGGGUUUUGAGGUUCGAAUUGGAAAUUCUCCAGACAAUAACAACCCCGUGUGCGGUAAGAUCACCACCAUUCCUGAUCCUGUGACAACGUUCUGCUGUAAUGGGAUGGAGGGUCAGUACGUCAGCGUGGUGAUCCCGGGGCGCAAUGAAUUCCUGCACUUAUGCGAGGUGGAAAUCUAUGGUGACCCCGUGACUCAGGAGAAUCCUGUCUGCUGGUAG